AUGUCUCAAAGGUUGAUAACUAACAAUGUCCUUGUUGCUUUUGAGCUGCUACACUCUCUUAAGAAUUGUAAAAGAGGCACACAAGGCUAUGCUGCAAUAAAAUUGGAUAUGUCAAAAGCUUUUGAUCGUGUUGAGUGGCCCUAUCUUGCCCAAGUCAUCUUGAAAAUGGGAUUUGGAUCCGUUGUUGUUAACCUGAUACUCCGCAGUUUGCAGUCAGUUACUUAUUCUUUCCUUUUAAAUGGACAAGUGCUUGGUGAAUUGGUUCCCACACGAGGUCUUCAACAAGGUGGUCCUCUCUCACCUUAUCUUUUUUUAAUUUGUGCGGAAGGACUCUCAAGGCUGCUACAAACUGAAGAAGAAAAUGGGUCUUUGCAUGGGUUAAAAGUCUCAAGAUCUGCUCCUUCAAUGUCACAUCUCUUUUUUGCUGAUAAUAGUGUGCUUUUCUGUCGGGCUAAUCAUCAAUCAGCCAGGUCCAUUAAGCAUGUUUUAGACAUCUAUGGUAGGGCUUCAGGUCAAGCGGUUAACUCAGAUAAAAUCUGGAAGUUUCUUAGUAGUUGGAAAGAACAAUUAUUUUCUGCUGGUGGUAAGGAAGUACUACUGAAAGCUGUUGUGCAAGCUGUCCCAACUUAUGCUAUGAGUUGCUUCCGUUUGCCUGUCACUUCGUCAGGUCUGGGUGCUACUCCAUCUUUGACAUGGAGAAGUAUUGUUUGGGGGAAAGAACUUUUAGUUCAAGGUUUGCGAUGGAGAGUGGGUACUGGUGCACAGAUUAAUUGUAAGGCAGAUUCAUGGCUUCCUAGACAUACUAUUUUCACUCCAUUCUGCUUCACAGUAUCUGAUACUUCUCUUCAAGUUGCUGAUCUUAUUGAUCACCAUAGACAAUGGGAUCUCACAGCUAUCUUUGCUAACUUUGGGAAAGCUGAUAUUGACAGAAUUCUAUCCAUUCCCCUCAGCAUUUAUCCUACUGAUGAUAUUCUCAUCUGGAAUGGUACCACUUCAGGGAACUAUACGGUAAAAUCGGGGUAUCAGUUUGCUGUCUCAAUGGCUGAUUCAUAG